CAGCAAGCGAGGAACCGGAAGAGACGUUAUGACUCAUUUCUAGAAGAAUUAGAGGUCAAAGUGAUUUGAUGUCUUCUCCAGAUGGAGAGGGAAAUGGAGACACUCUCAGCCACCAUGGCAAACACGUUGCAGGUGUCAGAGACCAGGAAGAACACUGCAGACAAGGAGGAAGACUGUUUCUAUGACUGUGAGGACACAUUAUCUGUAGAAGAUACAUUACUGGCUGAACACACAGAGGUGGCUCAAAGCGAUAGACUUGAAUCAGAUGCCAGGACUGAAAAAGACAAUUCUGAAGUGGAGAGACUGGGAAACAUAGAUGCCCCUGACCGAUCGUGUUUGGAUAAAACAUCAGCAGCAGACUUUGAUGGGAAUGAGGACAGAUCGGUUGAAAAGAGGCAUUACUCAUUGGCAAAAGACCCAGGAUUUGGGGAAGACAAAAAUGAAGAACAGGAGAAUUGGGAGAGAUUUGCAGAGGAUGAUGAGAAGAUGGACAGUGACUCGGAUUCAGAAUUUAAAGAGACGGUCAAGGUGACCGAGUACGAUGAAGAAAACCUGCGUGAACUAGAGAAAGACUUGACGGAAGAAGAGAAAGAAAGCAGAAGAAAGGAGAGCAUAGAGCUGAAGGAGAAGGGCAACACCCAGUUCAAGAGCGGCGAACAUGUAGAAGCUGAGGAGUCUUACACAGUCGCUCUGCAAGUGUGUCCUGUGUGCUACAGCAAAGAGAGAUCCAUCCUCUUCUCUAAUCGAGCUGCGGCACGCUUGCAUCAGGAUAAAAAGCAGGAUGCUAUCAGAGACUGUUCUAAAGCCAUAGAACUGAAUCCAAAUUAUGUUCGUGCCAUUCUGCGGCGAGCUGAACUCUAUGAGAAGACAGACAAGCUUGAUGAAGCCCUAGAGGACUACAAGACUGUCUUUGAGAAAGACCCGAGCAUCCCUGCAGCUAGAGAGGCGUGUAUGAGGUUGCCACGGCAAAUUGAAGAGCGCAAUGAGAAGCUGAAAGAAGAGAUGAUGAGUAAGCUCAAGGACUUGGGCAACAUGAUUUUGCGACCCUUUGGUCUCUCCACCUCCAACUUUCAGGUCAACCAAGAUGCCAACACAGGAUCCUACUCUGUUAAUUUUGUUCAGAAUCCAAAUAACAACAACAGAUAGCAAUCUAGCAUCUCUUUUAAAGAGAUAGUUCACCCAAUAAUGAAAAUUGGUUUUCAUUUGCUCACCCUAAUGUUUUUCCAAACCCAUAUGACUUUCUUUCUUCUGUGGAAAACAAAAAGAGAUGUUAGCUUUCAGUACGUUUUUGCCAUACAGUGAAAGUGAAUAGUGAUUGAGACUCAUUCAGCCUAAAAGAUAAAAAAAAGUCAUGCAGGUUUGGAACAACAUGAGGGUGAAUAAAUGAUUACAGAAUUUCAUUUUUGGGUGAACUAUCUCUUUAAUUAAAUAAUCAUCAGAACUAUCAACCCAUUUAAGUGUUCGGUCACUCGUGAGCUUUUGAGUCAUCCCCUAACUGCAUAAGAGCUUUAUUAAAGAAUUGUUUGUCACAUCAAGUGAUUUCAGCUGUUUCCAUUUGAUUUGACCAAUUAAAUUAUCAGCUUGUGUUUUCAAGUGGCUUUUGGUUUGUUUGUUUGUUUGUUUGUUAGUUUGAUUCUCUUUUGCCGUUACAUGAAUUUUAUGUUGGCUAUGUUCAGAAUAUAACAUGGCUAUUAGUGUGGAAGCUGGUGUCAGUGAUAACCACAGACUGUUCGUUAGUUCUGAAGAAUUAAGUAAUUGCCCUCAUCACCCAAAUUUAAAAAAUAAAACAUGCAGUGCUGUCUUCAGAUACCUGUGUUCAUAUUAAACCAGCAGUAUGUUG